CAAUAUCGCAUUAGUGGACACCAUCGCCCUAGUGGACAGCAGCGCACCAGUAUACUUCUCUCCCCAACAGCGGCCGACUGUUUGGCUUCACUCACUGCGCAUAAUAAAGAAGUGGCCCCAUCCGGUAUUUUGGUGAGAUCGAAUUUAAACACAAACACCACGCCACCCAUGCGCCGCCGCAGUCUACAAUGGCGGGGAAGUACGAGUAGUAGUUUCGCAACCGGCGAAGAUACCUUUCGCGAGGGAGAUGAUAAUAACUUGUCGCUAUCGCAACUUCCAGCAGAUGCGUUUGGGGGUCGCAGUUCCUCUUGCUGUGGUUCCGGCAGUGGGCGGUCUAAUAAUAAUGAUGAUGAGAGGGAAAAUAAUGAACUGGAGAAUAUUAUUGCACUUAUCCAGCGGAUGAGGACUCAGGAAGGGAUUCUCAAAUCUUCCUCAGAGUAA